AUGAGAGAAGUAGACAACCCCAAUGAUGCAAAGGUUGGAGGUUGGAAGGAAGGAAGCAUCUAUUUGAAUAAGCAAACCCUAGGUAGGGGCAGAGUCAAGAGGUGCGAGAGGGUUAGAGUCAGGGUGCCCCUGAAAAGUUUCAACCGGAGAAGGGCAAGAGGGGAAGUCGGAAGUAUGGAGGAUGGAGCGGUGGUAGAGAGUGCAUCUUGUAGGGAGAGCAUCCCAUGCUAUUUGCCAAAGGAAGAUAGAAAUUUUAGGGGGACAUUGUAUUUUCCAAAUCAGUGCCCUCACAACCCACAGGUUGUUGGACACGUGGAUCCACCCAUGUAUAUGAGGAAGACAUGCAUUGCAUACCCAAUAAUUCUAAUAUGUUAUUCUAAUAUGAUUUUUCAUAUAUGGCUGAAGCCCUUUAAUUUGAAGGGCUCUAUUAUGAAGUGCUUCAAUUUUCCCAAUUUCUUCUAUCUUUUUCUGUCCCUUUCUCUCCUAUAUAAUCUUGCUACUCCUGCUUUGUUGUUUCAGGGAUUCAACUGGGAUUCAUGGAAUAUGAAAGGAGGAUUGUACAACCAUUUACGUAGUUUAGUUGAUGAUUUGGCUAGAGCUGGUGUAACUCAUGUGUGGCUUCCUCCACCAAGUCAUUCAGUUUCACCGCAAGGAUAUUUGCCGGGAAGAUUAUACGAUCUGAAUGCAUCAAAAUACGGAAAUCAAAUUGAACUAAAGAGCCUAAUAAAUACAUUCCGUCAAAAAGGGAUCAAAAGUGUGGCUGAUAUCGUAAUAAAUCACAGAACAGCAGAGAACAAAGAUGAAAGAGGUAUAUACUGCAUUUUCGAAGGAGGAACUUCAGAUAAUCGUUUAGAUUGGGGUCCAUGGGCUAUUUGCCGAGACGAUAACCAAUUUUCAGACGGGUCGGGGAAUUUGGACACCGGAGACGGAUACGAACCCGCCCCGGACAUCGAUCACCUAAACCCGCGGGUCCAAAAAGACUUAAUCGAUUGGAUGUAUUGGCUUAAAACCAAAUUAGGGUUUGAUGGUUGGCGAUUGGAUUUUGUAAAGGGAUAUUCGGCUAACAUAACAAAAUUGUAUGUGCAAAAAACUAAGCCAAAAUUUGUGGUCGGAGAAUUAUGGGAUUCAUUUAGUUAUGUUAAUGGUGCUCCGGAUUAUAAUCAAGAUGCGCAUAGAAAUGAGGUAGCGAAGUGGAUACGAGAUUCCGGUGGAGGGGUUGUUUCGGCUUUUGAUUUUACUACUAAAGGGAUUCUUCAUUUUGCUGUUGAAGAUCAAUGGUGGAGGAUGAAGGAUUCUAAUGGAAGGCCUAGCGGACUUAUUGGAAUUGCUCCUAGAAAUGGAGUUACUUUUAUUGAUAAUCAUGAUACUGGGUCGAGUCAAAAUCUUUGGUCUUUUCCGGCGAAUAAAGUUAUGCUUGGAUAUGCUUAUAUUCUUACUCAUCCCGGAACUCCAUCAAUAUUUCAUGACCACUUCAUUGAUUGGGGAUUGAAGGAAGAAAUAAUAAAUUUAACAAAAAUAAGAACAAGAAAUAGGGUGCAUGAAACAAGUAAUGUCAAUAUAAUGGCCAGUGAUCCAGAUUUGUAUGUAGCGAUGAUUGAUCAGAAAAUGAUAGUGAAGAUUGGAACAAAAUUUGAUACAGCUCAACAUAUUCCAUCAAAUUACAAGAUUGUAACCUAUGGAAAGGACUACUGUGUGUGGGAGAAGCAAGCCUAAGAUCUUAACCUUCCUUUAUUUAUGAUGAAUUUUAAUGUACCCUUUUUUUUUUUUAUAACAUCUUGCAAAUCUAUUAAUAAAUAAUCAAUAUGUUGUCAAAUAAG